AUGCAUCGUCAAGCAUUGCGGAUGUCCCCGGCCAUUACACAACAAGUUAGACACAGGUUGACCAACACAAUUACUCGUCCCUUCUUCGCAUCCAGCAUCCGCUUCCAGUCAACGCAAACCCGUCAGGGAACACCGGCCGGAGCCACCAUGACCGCCAGCGCCGCGACCCGUGUGUCGAACCGCAUCAAGCACGAUCACGAGGAGCUGCGGGAGUACUACAACAACAUCAAGAACGCGCAGCGUGACGACGACAAGGCGAAGUGGCAGAACCAGUUCGUGUGGGAGCUCGCGCGGCAUUCCGUCGCCGAGGAGAUUGUCGUGUACCCGGCGAUGGAGAAGCAUAUCCCCAACGGCGUGGUCAUGGCCGAGAAGGAUCGGUCGGAGCACCAACAGGUCAAAGAGAAGCUCUACGAGUUCCAAUCCAUGACCCCCGCCGACCCGACCUUCCUCCCAACGAUCGACUCGCUGUGGGGGUCGCUGUCGCAGCACAUCCAAGAGGAGGAGCAGGACGACCUUCCGGCGCUCGAGAAGGUCAUCGACGCCGACGCGUCGGGGGCACUGGCUCGCAGCUUCGACCGCACCAAGCACUUUGUGCCGACGCGCAGCCACCCGUCGGCACCAGACCGGCCGCCGUACGAGACUGCGGUGGGCAUGAUGGCGACGCCGUUGGAUAAGCUGAGGGAUAUGUUCCGAAGGUUCCCUGAGGAUAAGUGA